ACAAACAUUGAAGUAAAAUACCGAGCACUUGCCGUGCUUAUUGAUUGGUAGUUCUUUUUGUUCUUCUAAUACCGUAACUGAUAUCGUUAGUUCAUAGUUGGAAAUGUCCGUCGAUCCGUGCUCCGAGCCCAUGUUGGCGACGGGGGGAUACGACCACACAAUCAAGCUAUGGCAACCAUAUUCCGGAUUAUGCUACCGCACCCUUCAGCACACAGAUUCCCAAGUAAACGCACUAGACAUUAACCCUGCAGGAACAAUCCUCGCUGCCGGUGGUUAUCAGCACAUACGGCUGUACGAUAUGAAUUUUAGCUAUCCGGUGGUAAAUUUUGAAUGCGUGCAAAAAAAUGUUACCCGAGUUGGUUUCCAGGAAGACGGCAAGUGGAUGUUCACCGGCGGCGAGGAUUGCCGUGUUCGUAUUUGGGAUAUGAGCUCUCAAGUUCCGGCUUGCAAGCGAAUGUUCGAUUGCCUGACGCCGGUCAAUGCCGUCUGCCUUCAUCCGAAUCAGGUUGAACUGGCUAUCGGCAGUCAAGGUGGCAGUGUUUAUCUGUGGGAUGUCAAAUCCGAUGUCCACGAACAAUUGAUUCCGGAGGUGGAAUGUUCCAUUCAGGACAUUGCAAUCAGUCCGAACGGUGCCUAUAUGGCUGCGGUGAACAACAAGGGCAACUGCUACAUUUGGAGUUUGUCCAAUAGCGCUAACAGUGAAACACAACUGACCCAGACGGACCCGAAACUGCGAAUUGAGGCACAUAAGAAAUACGCUCUACGAUGUCGGUUCAGUCCGGAUUCGAGUCUACUGGUUACCUGUUCCGGUGACGGAACAGCUAAAAUUUACAGGACAGACACGUUCCAAUUACACGCAGAACUGAAAGUCGAGAAAUGCUGGAUGUGGGAUGCGGUGUUUAGUAACGAUUCUAAAUAUCUUUUCACAGCCUCCUCGGAUGGGCGUGCAAGGUUAUGGAAAAUUGAAACCAAAUCGAUUGAAAGGGAAUAUCACGCCCACCUGAAGGCACUCACUGCGCUAGCCUUCAGAGAUAGAACGCCUAAUAAGUAAAAACAAUAAAAUCGUUUCAAUGUAAUCAACGAA